AUGGCGUCUUUUGCAGAUCCUUCAGUGUUAGAUUUCGGCAAACAGAUACAUUCUCAGUUGAUAAGGAUUGGGUUUACUGCCAAUGUUUCUACUCAGACAUUAAUCUCCAACAUGUAUGUCAAGUGCGGGUGGUUGGAUGGUGCUGAAGUUGCCACCAAUAAGAUGACUAGGAAAAAUGUUGUGGCUUGCACUGGGUUGAUGGUGGGCUAUAAUCAAGCUGCAAGGCAUAGGGAUGCUCUGUUAUUAUUUGCCAAGAUGUUAAUUGAAGGUGUAGAGUUGGAUGAAUUUGUCUUCUCAGUUGUGCUCAAGGCAUGUGCCGCAUUAGGAGACUUGUACACUGGAAGGCAAAUUCAUAGUUACUGUCUAAAACUUGGCAUGGAAUCUAAGGUCUCAGUUGGUACUCCACUAGUGGACUUCUAUGUUAAGUGUGCAAUGUUUGAAGCUUCACGUCAAGCUUUUGAGAGUAUACGUGAACCAAAUUAUUUUUUGUGGAGUUCUUUAAUUGUCGGAUAUUGCCAAAGUGGUCGAUUUGAUAAGGCUCUUGAGGUUUUUAAGACAAUAAGAAGUAAAGGAGUGUUAUUGAAUUCAUUCAUCUACACCAACAUUUUUCAAGCAUGCUCUGCUGUCUCAUAUUUAAAUUACGGUGCUCAAAUUCAUGCAGAUGCAAUAAAAAAGGGGCUAGUUGCAUACCUCUCUAGGGAGAGUGCUAUGAUCACUAUGUACUCAAAAUGCGGCAAAAUGGACUAUGCACAUCAAGCAUUUUUUAUUAUAGAGAAACUUGAUACUGUUGCAUGGACUGCAAUAAUAUGUGCCAUGCUUACCAUGGCAAAGCUUAUGAAGCUUUGA